AUGCAAAUUUCAUAUUUUCAAUCUAAAUUAUUCGAUGAUAACUUAAAAUUAAAAGAAGAUCAAUUAAUUAAAGAAUUAUCUUAUGGUCAUAUUUCAAAAUCACAUAAUUCAACUAGUCAGAAAAUGAAAGAAUUAAAUGAAUUACGUGAUAAAAUAUAUCAAGAUCAAAUGAAAAAUUACAGAAAAAGUGUAGAGGGAUUUAGAAAUCAACUGUCUAAGUUUAAGCCUAUAAUAAGUCAAUAUUGUAAAAAGUUUUUUAGAAAAGUUAAUGAACCAUCUGAAAGAGUUCAUUUUGGACUCAAGAUAAAAGUACAGGUUUAUAAUAAUAAUAAAGAAUUCAAAAAGAAAUCCAAUGAUAAAACGGUUGAACAAAAAUUCAAAAGACUUAAAUAUGUUAUAUUUUCAAGAUAUUUCAAACCAACUGUGCUCAAGACAAUGAUUGAGAUUAAAUUGAAACGAAUCAAACAUGAUUUUCCAAAAUUCACAAAAAGGCUAAACCAUAUAGCUAAAAUCAAAACUCAAAAGUUAAGAAAGAAGUUGUGCCAAUCUAAUUCCAAUUUGAAACAAAAAUUGGAAAAAAUUAAAAAGCGAUCCAAAACACAACAAGUUAAACUCUUGAGAAAAUAUAGAGAAUUUAAUUCUACUAAAAAUGAGGAAGUACCUCAUGUGAGGGAUGAAGGUUUAAAUUCAAAUUGUCAAAAUACUAUUAAUUCACCAGAUGAUGAAAUAUUCUUUAAUAAUGCUCAUAAAGAAUUUAUGAAACAUGAAUUAAUUAAAUAUAAAUAUAUUACUACGCAGCUGAUAAAUUGUAACCAAAUAUAA